CAACUCUCGAGAUCAAUCCUCGGAAACAGUAUCAGCCUCCCCAUCGUCCACCGGAACUCGCUCCAACUCGCCAUCGUCCAAUCUUGGCUCAUCCUGAAGCGUAUAGUAGCUCAAGUCUUUCCAGUUUGCCCACAUACCCACACGAUCGCACACAUACUGCAUCAUACGCCCACCAUGAGCGCUCCCAAACUGAACAUCCCCGUCGCGUCCGCCCCCAUCUCCACGGGCAAGAACCCUCUUUCGGCUGCGGAGGAGCCUUCUAGCCCAACGGAUUUGCGAGCCAGGGCGGCCAUUGAGCAUAACCGCGCUCUGUCUUUGAUGGGAUUCCAAGAAACAUCUUCCAACAUCGCGGCAGCUAGCAUGCGAAACGAGCUGAACCGGAUCGUUGAUAUGGUCCCAGAAGGUCCCCAGCGCUCGGCAUUUGCGCUCGAAAUGGAUGGCUUCUACUCGCUAUUCACUCGGUACCUUGCGCAAAAGACCAAGUCGCAGACUCUCAACUGGAACGAUGUCAAGUCGCCCGCACCCCACAUGAUCAAAAGCUACAAAGAGCUGGAAGCGGCUGCGUCGUCGCAGAAAUCUGAUAUUCUCGGAAAGUUGGCCGUUUUGAAGUUGAACGGAGGUCUUGGAACCACCAUGGGAUGCGUUGGUCCCAAAAGUGCUAUCGAAGUGAGGGAUGGCAUGACCUUCCUUGAUUUGACCGUUCGCCAAAUUGAGUACCUGAACAGCCAAAACAAUGUCGACGUGCCAUUGAUCCUCAUGAACUCCUUCAACACUGAUGAAGACACACACCGUAUCAUCCAAAAGUACAAGGGUCACAAAAUCAACAUCCUCACUUUCAACCAGAGCCGAUUCCCUCGUAUUUCGAAGGACUCUCUGCUGCCCAUGCCCAAGACGCCGGAAGGAAAGUCUGGGGACUGGUACCCCCCAGGACACGGAGAUCUCUUCGAAGCUCUGGCGAACUCCGGUCUCCUCGAUCAACUGCUUGCGCAAGGAAAGGAAUACCUGUUCGUGUCGAACGUUGAUAAUUUGGGAGCUACCGUUGACACCACCAUUUUGAAGCACUUCGUUGACUCGAAGGCUGCGUUCAUCAUGGAAGUAACCGACAAGACCAAGGCUGAUGUGAAGGGAGGAACCAUCAUUGAUUACGACGGAUCAGUCCGACUCCUGGAAAUCGCUCAAGUGCCAUCAGCGUACGUUGAUGACUUCAAGUCUAUCAAGAAGUUCCAGAUCUUCAACACCAACAACCUGUGGAUUUCUUUGAAAGCGAUAAGGAAACUCGUUGACGCGGAUGCUCUGAACAUGGAGAUCAUCGUAAACAACAAGACGGACGCGAACGGCGAGAAAGUGAUCCAAUUGGAGACUGCUGUCGGAGCUGCGAUCAAGCACUUCGAUGGCGCACACGGAGUGAAUGUUCCCCGUAGCCGUUUCUUGCCUGUCAAAAGCACUUCGGAUCUUCUCCUUGUGAUGUCCGACCUGUACAAGUUGGAGCACGGAGAACUACGCAUCAACCCGGCUCGGAUGUUCAACACAGUCCCACUUAUCAAACUCGGCGACCACUUCAAGAAGGUUCAACACUUCUCGCAACGCUUCCAAACAAUACCGCACAUUCUUGGUCUUGACCACUUGACUGUGACGGGCGAUGUCACGUUCGGACACGACGUCGUGCUGGAAGGCACCGUCAUCAUUGUGGCAAACCAAGGAUCUCGCAUCGACGUUCCGUCAGGUUCCAUCUUGAACGAUAAGGUCGUAUCCGGCAACCUCAGGAUCCUUGAUCACUAGUUGAGUCAAAGCUGUCAGUUUUCAUUCUAUUCUGCCAUUGCUUGGAAUUAGCUCGCUUGGGAGAUUGGCGCUGGACCUUGGGACCUCGUGAUUGUAGUUUUGUAUGCUAGGAAUGUCUUUUGGACGUAGGAUUUGGCCUCGUUCUCUGAGUAGCUUCUCGCAUUUGUCGUCCAAAAACAUCUAGCCUAAGCUUUUAUGGACCCCAUGUUUCUACGAAGAAAAACAUAUAGUCAGAGGGGGUCCACAUGACAAACACAACCACAAUACCCAAGUCCAGAUCCAGGUCCA